AUGGCUCUCCACACAUUCCUGUUACUGGUGACGGCGCUGCUUGUCCAGGCUGAGACGGGCAGCAAGGUGCCGCGUGCUGCGCCAACAGGGGCGGCCGCCUGGCAAGCCGCCCACUCGUCAGCUGCUGCUGCCCUGGCGAGGAUGUCGCAGCAGGACAAGAUCAACAUAGUAACCGGCAUUGGCUGGGACAAGGGCCCCUGCGUUGGCAACACGGCGCGCAUCAACUCGAUCAACUACCCGCAGCUCUGCCUCCAAGAUGGCCCGCUCGGCGUGCGCUUCGGAACGGGCACGACGGCGUUCACACCGGGAAUCCAAGCCGCUUCGACGUGGGAUGUCGAGCUGAUGCGGCAGCGUGGGGUUUACAUGGGCGAAGAGGCCAAGGGAUGCGGCAUCCAUGUGCUGCUGGGCCCCGUAGCCGGGGCGCUGGGCAAGAUCCCCCACGGCGGCCGGAACUGGGAGGGCUUUGGCGUGGACCCCUAUCUUGCGGGUAUUGCCAUGGCCGAGACGAUCGAGGGACUCCAGUCUGUCGGCGUGCAGGCCAACGCCAAGCACUACAUCGGUAACGAACAGGAGCUGAACCGCGAGACCAUGAGCAGCAACAUCGACGACCGCACCAUGCACGAGCUGUACCUGUGGCCGUUUGCUGACGCCGUGCACUCCAACGUGGCCAGCGUCAUGUGCAGCUACAACAAGCUCAACGGCUCGUGGGCGUGCGAGAAUGACAAGGCGCUCAACCAGCUCCUCAAAAAGGAACUCGGCUUCCAGGGCUACGUGCUCAGCGACUGGAACGCGCAGCACACGACCAACGGGGCGGCCAACAACGGCAUGGACAUGACCAUGCCGGGCAGCGACUACAAUGGGCGCAACGUGCUGUGGGGCGCACAGCUCAAUAACGCCGUCAACAGCAACCAGGUCUCCAAAGCACGGCUCGACGACAUGGCCAAGCGCAUCCUCGCCUCGUGGUACCUCCUGGGCCAGAACGCGGGGUAUCCCGCAAUCAACAUCCGCGCCAACGUGCAGGGCAACCACAAGGAGAAUGUGCGGGCCGUUGCGCGGGACGGCAUCGUGCUGCUCAAGAACGAUGGGAUUCUCCCGCUGCAGAAGCCAAGAAAAAUUGCCCUCUUUGGCUCGGCCUCGGUCGUCAACCCCCAGGGCAUGAAUGCCUGCACCGACAAGGGCUGCAACACGGGCGCGCUGGGCAUGGGCUGGGGUUCUGGCACGACAAACUACCCGUAUUUUGUGUCCCCGGCCGACGCUUUGCGCGCGCGGGCGCAGAGCGAUGGUACUACGCUCAGCGUGCAGAGCACCGACAGCACCAGCGGGGUGUCGGGCGUGGCGUCGGGCGCGGAUGCUGCCAUCGUGGUCAUCACGGCCGAUUCAGGGGAGGGGUACAUUACCGUUGAGGGCAACGCCGGGGACCGCAACGACCUCGAGCCAUGGCAUAAUGGCAAUCAGCUUGUGCAAGCCGUUGCCGGGGCUAACAAGAACACGAUUGUUGUGUUGCACAGCGUUGGGCCGAUCAUUCUCGAGACUAUUCUUGCCACGCCGGGCGUACGGGCCGUUGUUUGGGCGGGCCUGCCGAGUCAGGAGAAUGGCAACGCGCUGGUUGAUAUUCUUUAUGGAUUGACCUCGCCGUCGGGGAAGUUGCCAUACACAAUUGGCAAGAGCGCAGCGGAUUAUGGUACCAGCGUUGUCCGCGGCGAUGAUAUUUUCCGGGAGGGUCUGUUUAUCGACUACCGGCAUUUCGACCAGGCGCGGAUCGAGCCGCGGUUCGAGUUUGGCUUUGGGCUGUCAUACACCAACUUCAGCUACUCCGACCUGACCAUCACGUCCACCGCCAGAGCCGGACCCGCGACCGGUGCCACCGUGCCCGGCGGGCCGGCGGAUCUGUGGGAGACGGUGGCGACGGUCACAGCCAAAAUUACCAACUCGGGGGGUGUGGCGGGCGCCGAGGUGCCGCAGCUGUAUAUUACGCUGCCGUCGUCGGCGCCGGCGACGCCGCCCAAGCAGCUGCGCGGGUUUGCCAAGUUGAAACUGAACCCCGGCGCCAGCGGGACGGCGACGUUUAACCUGCGCCGUAGGGAUUUGAGCUAUUGGGACGUGGGCCGCCAGAACUGGGUUGUCCCGAGUGGCCAGUUUGGGGUCAGUGUGGGGGCUAGUUCGAGGGAUGUUAGGUUGACUGGGUCGAUUACCGUAUGA